ACGCAGCGGCAGCAACAAAACAGAGGCUGCAGAAGCUUGAAGUCUUGAAACUUUUGCGAGUGUGUUCCAGUGACCAAAUUAUGACCGAAUUAAAAAACUGACAUAAAAACUAGACUCUCUCUGAUACCCUUUCUCUUUCUAUAACCUUGGUUUAUAUCCCUCUGAUUAAUUAUUAAUUAUAUUAUUAUUUACUCGUUAUUGUUAUCGUCUAGUUCCACCGCUUCAAAAUUUUCACCUUCUUCUCCUUCUCUCUCAAUUCGAUUCCCUUCACUUCUCCGAUCUGACUCGCCGAGUUCCGUUUCUCAGCUGGAUUCGGUUCGGCCUCGGAUGAGUUGACUCGGAAGAUCGCUCCGCGUUUAUCGCCAUGUCUGCAUCAGUGAACAUCAUUGUAGGGUCUCAUGUCUGGGUUGAAGAUCCCACAGAAGCAUGGAUUGAUGGAGAAGUUUCUAAGAUCAGUGGCGAAGAAGUGCAUGUUCGCUUGACAAAUGGGAAAACGGCUGUCAAAACUAUCUCCAAGGUUUUUCCCAAGGAUAAUGAAGCUCCUCCUGGAGGUGUAGAUGACAUGACAAAACUCUCAUACUUGCAUGAGCCAGGAGUUCUACAUAACUUGGCAACCAGAUACGAACUCAAUGAAAUCUAUACUUAUACUGGCAAUAUCUUGAUUGCGGUGAACCCAUUUCAAAGGUUACCGCAUCUAUAUGAUACACAUAUGAUGGAACAAUAUAAAGGUGCUACAUUUGGAGAGUUGAGUCCCCAUGUUUUUGCAGUUGCAGAAGUUGCAUACAGGGCGAUGAUCAAUGAAGGAAAAAGUAACUCAAUCCUGGUUAGUGGUGAGAGUGGCGCUGGUAAGACAGAGACAACAAAGAUGCUUAUGCGAUAUCUUGCUUACCUUGGGGGCCGUUCUGGAGUAGAAGGGCGUACAGUUGAACAACAAGUUCUAGAAUCUAAUCCAGUUCUUGAAGCAUUUGGCAAUGCAAAAACAGUUAGGAACAAUAAUUCAAGUCGUUUUGGUAAAUUUGUUGAGAUCCAAUUUGACAACAAGGGAAGGAUAUCUGGUGCAGCUAUAAGAACUUACUUGCUCGAAAGGUCCCGUGUUUGUCAAAUCUCAGAUCCUGAGAGAAACUACCAUUGCUUUUAUCUUCUUUGUGCAGCUCCAACUGAGGUAAAAGAGAAGUAUAAGUUGGGAAAUCCUAGUUCAUUCCAUUACUUAAAUCAAUCCAAAUGCUAUGAACUGGAUGGAGUUGAUGAUACCAAUGAGUAUAUUGCAACUCGUAGGGCAAUGGAUGUUGUUGGAAUCAGUGAGGAAGAGCAAGAGGCAAUUUUUAGGGUUGUUGCAGCAAUACUGCACCUUGGAAAUGUUGAAUUUUCAAAAGGAGAGGAGAUUGAUUCGUCUGUCAUCAAAGAUGAGAAGUCUAGGUUCCAUCUUAUUACAACUGCCGAACUUCUCCAGUGUGAUGCUAAGAGCUUGGAGGAUGCACUGAUCAAGCGUGUCAUGAUAACACCCGAGGAAGUCAUUACGAGAACCCUGGAUCCUGUUGCAGCUGUUGGUAGCAGGGAUGCAUUAGCUAAAACCAUUUAUUCUCGUUUGUUUGAUUGGCUUGUGGAGAAGAUUAAUAAUUCAAUUGGGCAAGAUCCAAUUUCAAAGUCUAUCAUUGGAGUUCUUGAUAUCUAUGGGUUUGAAAGUUUUAAGUUCAAUAGUUUUGAGCAGUUCUGUAUCAAUUUUACUAAUGAAAAGCUGCAACAACAUUUUAAUCAGCAUGUCUUUAAAAUGGAACAAGAAGAAUACAGCAAGGAAGAGAUUGACUGGAGCUACAUAGAGUUUGUUGACAACCAAGAUGUUUUGGAUCUAAUUGAGAAGAAACCUGGAGGAAUAAUUGCACUCCUCGAUGAGGCCUGUAUGUUCCCUAAGUCCACACAUGAAACAUUUGCUCAGAAGUUGUACCAGACAUUCAACAAAAACAAGCGUUUUAUCAAACCAAAACUUUCAAGGACUAGUUUUACCAUAUCUCAUUAUGCAGGAGAGGUGACAUAUCUGGCUGAUAUGUUUCUUGACAAAAACAAGGAUUAUGUGGUUGCAGAACAUCAGGAUCUGCUGACAGCCUCAAGAUGCUCAUUUGUGGCAGGUCUAUUCCCCCCUUCUUCACAGGAGUCUUCAAAAUCAUCCAAGUUCUCCUCAAUUGGGUCUCGCUUUAAGCUACAACUUCAGUCAUUGAUGGAAACCCUAAGUUCAACCGAACCUCACUAUAUCAGAUGUGUGAAGCCAAACAAUGUCCUCAAGCCUGCUAUUUUUGAAAAUCUGAACAUUAUUCAACAAUUACGCUGUGGUGGUGUCCUCGAGGCUAUUAGAAUCAGCUGUGCAGGAUAUCCUACUAGACGGACCUUUUAUGAGUUUCUUAAUCGAUUUGGUGUUCUUGCCCCUGAAGUUCUAGAUGGAAACUUUGAUGACAAGGUUGCAUGUCAAAGGAUCCUUGAUAAAAUGGGUAUGAAAGGUUAUCAGAUAGGCAAGACCAAGGUUUUCCUGAGAGCUGGUCAAAUGGCCGAGUUGGAUGCAAGAAGAGCAGAAGUUCUUGGAAAUGCAGCCAGAAUCAUUCAGAGACAAAUAAGAACUCAUGUUGCACGGAAGGAAUUCUUUGAAUUGCGUCAAGCUGCAGUUUGUUUGCAAUCUAAUUUGCGAGGUAUAUUGUCUCGGAAGCUAUAUGAGCAGUUGCGUCGCAACGCAGCAGCUUUGAAAAUAGAGAAGAACUUUAAAGGAUUCCUUGCCAGGAAAUCUUACAUAACAGCCCGAUCAUCCGCAAUCACAUUGCAGACAGGUUUAAGGGCUAUGAAGGCUCGCAAGGAGUUUAGAUUUCGGAAGCAAACUAAGGCUGCUAUUCUUAUCCAGGCUCAUUUAAGAGGGCAUAUUGCACAUUCUUACUAUAAAGGACUGCAAAAGGCAGCAAUUGUUACCCAAUGUGGUUGGAGAAGAAGGGUUGCUAGGAGGGAACUUAGAAAGCUUAAAAUGGCUGCAAGAGAAACAGGGGCCCUUCAAGAUGCAAAGAACAAACUAGAAAAGCGUGUUGAAGAACUCACAUGGCGUUUACAAAUUGAGAAGCGAUUAAGGACUGAUUUGGAGGAGGAAAAAGCACAAGACAUUGCCAAGUUAAAAGAUGCUGUGCGUUCAAUGCAAAUUCAAGUAGAAGAAGCAAAUGCCAUGGUCCUCAAAGAGCGUGAGGCAGCUCGGAAAGCCAUUGAAGAAGUGCCUCCAGUUAUUAAGGAGACUCCUGUUAUAAUUCAAGAUACUCUGAAGAUGAAUUCCUUGAUAGCUGAAGUCAGUAAGUUGAAGGAAUCACUGCUAUUGGAGAGGAAGGAUAAAGAAGAGGCAAGAAAGGCUCAGUCUGAAGCUGAAGCUAGAAACGUCGAGCUGGUUAAGAAAGUUGAUGAUUACCAGGGCAAGGUGGUUCAACUCCAAGAAAUGAUUCAAAGGUUGGAGGACAAAAUCUCGAAUGCAGAAUCAGAAAAUCAAGUGCUUCGUCAGCAAGCUCUAGCUGCAUCUCCAACUGGAAAAUCUCUAUCUGCAAGAUCAAAGACAACAAUUAUUCAAAGGACACCAGAAAAUGGGAAAGCCAUAAAUGGUGGUGGAAAAAUUGGAUCGGAUUUGACUCUUGUAUCAAAUAUACGUGAACCUGAAUCUGAGGGAAAACCACAAAAACAUCUAAAUGAGAAACAGCAAGAAAACCAGGAGCUGUUGAUCAAAUGUAUCUCACAAGAUUUGGGAUUUUCUAGGGGCAAACCUGUUGCUGCUUGUCUUAUAUAUAAAUGUCUUCUUCACUGGAGAUCAUUUGAAGCUGAACGAACAAGUGUCUUUGACCGUAUCAUUCAAUCAAUUGCUUCAGUUGUUGAGGCUCAGGAUGAUAAUAACAUAAUAGCAUAUUGGUUGUCUAAUACAUCUACUUUGUUGUCACUACUUCAAUGCACUCUCAAAGCAAGUGGAGCAGCUAGCUUAACACCCCAACGGCGGAGAACGGCAUCGUCUUCUAUGUUCGGAAGAAUGUCUCAAGGGCUAAGAGCGUCUCCCCAAAGUGCCGUGUCAGUUCAAAAUAAUAGAGGGGUUGGCAGAUUGGAUGAUUUGCAGCAAGUGGAAGCAAAAUAUCCAGCACUUCUGUUUAAGCAACAGCUCACUGCUUUCCUGGAAAAAGUAUAUGGAAUGAUAAGAGACAAUCUGAAAAAAGAGAUAUCGCCGUUACUUGGAUUGUGCAUCCAGGCUCCAAGGACCUCACGGCAAAGUUUAGUGAAAGGACGUGCACGUGCUAAUGCAGUUGCUCAACAAGCUUUAAUUGCUCACUGGCAAAGUAUUGUGAACGGCUUAAACAAUGCUCUAAAGAUAAUGAAAGAAAAUUAUGUGCCCCCUUUCUUGGUCCGUAAGGUGUUCACUCAGAUAUUCUCUUUCAUUAAUGUUCAAUUAUUCAACAGUCUUUUGUUGCGUCGUGAGUGUUGUUCAUUCAGCAAUGGAGAGUAUGUAAAGGCAGGAUUGGGUGAAUUAGAGAGAUGGUGUAUUGAGGCCACUGAUGAGUAUGUUGGCUCAGCCUGGGAGGAACUGAAACAUAUUGGGCAGGCUGUCGGAUUCCUAGUGUUGCAUCAGAAACCCAAAAAGACAUUUAAUGAAGUAACAAAGGAGCUCUGCCCAGUUCUCAGUAUACAACAGUUAUACAGAAUCAGUACUAUGUACUGGGACGACAAAUACGGCACACAUAGUGUGUCUUCAGAAGUUAUUACGAACAUGAGAGCCAUCAUGUCUGAGGACACCAACAAUGCUGUCAGCAGUUCUUUCCUAUUAGAUGAUGAUUCCAGCAUUCCAUUUUCAGUGGAUGACAUUUCCAAAUCAAUGCAGCAAAUAGAAGUAGCAGAUGUGGAGCCACCUCCAAUGAUCCGUGAUAACUCGGGAUUUGGGUUCUUACUGGCACGCUCUAAGUGAAAUACAAAAAGCCAGUUAUUCUUAUUGCCUCUGGUGCUCUAGCUAGUGGCUGUUGUCCUACAAUGCACUAUACAAAAGUUGCGAGUGCUGAUACUUUUGUGCAUACAUAUAUAUAGCAUUGUUGUGUGUAAAUUAUAUUUAUUUCACCAACCCUGGCUUCUAUUAUUGGUUUG